AUUGAAAACUUUUAUGCUUGCAUGACCAAGUACUUUAGCAUUAGCAUUAUAGAUAGCAUAAAAAAUUUGAUCUAAAAAUUUUGAUUGUGAUGAAUUUGAAUUUAUAAAAUUGAAGAAAAGAAAGGACGACUCAAGAUUUACGUUGUUUUUCAUUGCAAGUUAUUUGAGAAAUUAGUGAACACUAGUUUUGCAGAGUAAAUCUAUAGAUUUUUCUCAGGUGAGAGAAUGGGCGUUCAUCAAUGAAAUAAAUAUCUAAAAGCCUUAUUUUUUCAAAUCAUCAGCUGUUUUUGAAUUAGAAGGAAAUUAUUUGAUUGAAUUCUAUUUACUCAAACAUCUAUUGCAAACCAGGUUUCCACACCUGCACCGGUUUAUUUCAUUAUUUUAUUUCAAGAAAAAUUCUACGAAAUUGAACUUAUUAUAAAAUUCAGUCGUUAAAUGUCUUCAAAAUCUCCGAAAAUUUGAUUAAUCUAACUUCAAAAUUAGUAACUUGAGCGAUCUGAUAAGAUUGAAUGAAACAAAAAUGUAAUGGGUCUUUAUAUGUGCAGGAUAAAUUAUUGUCUGUAACAUGGAAGUAAUAGCGGAGGUUGAUAAACCUCCCAAAAAAAAAUGGAUUUACAAUCCAGGAGGUAAAUGUGAAUGCUCAUGUGACUCCGGGGAUAAAUGUGGAGUGAAGAAAGGAGUGAGAUACCUUCAACCUGAUAUUCCCGCCUCAUUCAAACCAAAAUUGGUGUAUGCAGGCAAUACGACACCAGUAUCUAAUGACACAAUUUAUAAAAAUUCGUUUAUGAAAUUUGAUCCGAAUGCUAUCCGGAGUAGCAAAGGAAAGCCAUGUCUUCCGAAAGGUAGCAUUGUUACAGCUGGAGACUUCAGCUCUGACACUACAAACAAGAUGAGCUACGGAGAGUGGAAAGGAUACCACCGCCAGCCGAAGAUCUACCCUAGAGAUCACUGCCUGAUGGGGGAAGGACCUCUCCAGGAUAUGACCACAAACCGACAUGACUACAUGCCUAAACCCAUUGAUGUAGUUGACAAAGUGAAACAGCCUGGAUGUCUCGGAUUGUCCACGAAACCCAUGGAAACUCGAACAACCAAUAGCUUGUCGUAUUUAUGGCCAAGGGAGCACGAGUCAGCGGUACCUUUCAAACCAGAUGCCAGAUACCGGAAAUCUGAUAAUAAGAUGUGUGGAGAGACAACACAAAAACUGAGCUUUAAACCAUUCGAGCCUCCGAAGAAAGAGGUUUUUCCCUGGCAGAAAAAACCAGCCUAUUCCAGCCCACGAGCUAAAAUGUGUGCGGAGACUAUUUAUGGCAAUAGCUUCUUUCCACCUGGACAGUUCGUCGAAGACACUGCCUGUUCAGGCUGCUAUUGUGUAAAGGACGCUGAAUGCUUUGAUACAGCUGACAAUAAUAAGCAUAAGACCAACGAAAGCGGUACCAUAUGUCCGGCCGGAUAUGAUCCUAUUCGGGAUGGACCCAGACUUCAAGCUACUGAAUCAUAAAUUCACAUGAAAUUUGCGAGAGAUCUCGUCGAAUGCUGCAUUAGACCGCGGUGUUACAACAAGGAUCAUAAUAGAAUCUCAAUAGUUGAACGCCAAAGUGAUUCAAUUCAUCAAUAGACCGAGUUUCAACUGUUUCAACGUGUUUAGAGAAAAUGAAAAUUUAAAAUUAAAUUUCAAAUAUUGGAAUCAUCCAACUUGGAAAAACUAUAUUGUGGGGUCAAAUUUAUUGUUUGUGUUUGAAAUACAUGUAAUUGUGUAAUGAGAAA